AUGCCGGCUUACGAUAAAGAAAAUUUGAGUGAUGUUUUGGUCCCUAAAACGGACAAAUUGGUGUUAUCUGAAAACAAAGCCAAUAUCAUCCCAGUAGACUCUCUAGUUCAAGAGUCUAAAUCAUCUGUGAAGUCUAAGAAACAGAUUCAGGAUGGAGACAGCAGUAAUUUCGACCCUGAAUUGGAGCCAUUAUUGCGUGAAAAUCCUAAACGAUUUGUGGUUUUUCCCAUUGAGUACCCUGAUAUUUGGGCUAAAUAUAAAGAAGCAGAAGCCUCAUUUUGGACAACUGAAGAGGUAGAUUUAUCAAGAGAUCUGGAACAUUGGAAUAAACUCACAAAUGAUGAAAGACAUUUCAUCUCACAUGUCCUAGCAUUUUUUGCUGCUUCUGAUGGUAUCGUCAACGAAAAUCUGGUGGAGAGAUUUAGCCAGGAAGUUCAGGUAACAGAAGCAAGGUGUUUUUAUGGGUUUCAAAUAGCUAUUGAAAAUAUUCAUUCAGAAAUGUACAGUAUGUUGAUAGAAACCCUUAUUAGUGACCCAGCAGAGAAAAAAUUCUUGUUCAAUGCUAUUGAGACUCUUCCUUGUGUUAAAAAGAAAGCUGAUUGGGCUAUUAAAUGGAUUAAUUCUAAAAAUGCAGCUUUUGGUGAAAGAAUAAUAGCUUUCGCAGCUGUAGAAGGUAUAUUUUUCUCUGGUAGUUUUGCUUCAAUAUUUUGGCUUAAGAAGAGAGGUCUUAUGCCUGGUCUAACUUUCUCAAAUGAAUUAAUAUCUAGAGAUGAAGGUUUGCACUGUGAUUUCGCUUGUCUACUCUUCACUCAUUUAGUACAAAAACCUUCCGAACAGAGAGUCAUUGACAUUAUUCGUGAUGCUGUAACUAUUGAACAAGAAUUUUUAUCUCAAGCUCUACCUGUAAGCUUAAUAGGAAUGAAUUGUGACCUAAUGUGUCAAUAUAUUGAAUUUGUAGCAGAUAGAUUGUUGUUAGAGCUUGGUUGUAAAAAGAUAUAUAAUUCCCAAAAUCCAUUUGAUUUUAUGAACAUUAUUUCUACUGAUGGCAAGACAAAUUUCUUUGAAAAGAAAGUUGGGGAAUAUCAAAAAGAAGGUGUAAUUGAUUCUGGUGAUACUAAUUUUAAAAUUGAUGCUGAUUUUUAA